AUGGUCGCCGUCAGUGCGCGUCCAAAGCUCAAAACAAGCUAUCAGAAGAGGCAUGUCAUUGCACCUUUACACACAUCUGGCGCGGCGGCUGUUCUUUCGGAUGGCGCAAGGAUCAUAACUUGUGUAGGAGAGGAAGCUCUUCUUACAGAUGUACGCAGCGGAACGGAGAUAUGUCGCUUUGAGGGGGAUACCCAAACAAUCACUUCGCUCUGCGUCACACCGUCAAGUUCCCAUUUGGUCCUGUUCACCUCUAUACCCUCUUUGCGAAUAUACGAACUACCAACCGCAGCAGCCUCUUCCUCAAAGCGCGUCUCCCCGAUCAGAGUGAUCGCUCGAGCUCACGACGCUCCUGUACACGUUUGUGCCGCAGACCCGACAUCUACUUAUUUAGCCUCUGGCUCUGCGGACGGUGUGGUCAAAGUAUGGGAUAUUGUACGAGGAUACGUGACGCAUGUUUUCAAGGGACACGGAGGUGUUGUUAGCGCGCUACGCUUCAACUUCCCAAGGGAUCUAUCCUCCCUCAACCGGCCUCGUACUUUGCAGUUAAUCACCGGCUGCGUAGACACCCGGAUUCGUAUCUUCGAUCUCUCAGCCACCGGCAAGCAGGCGGACUCCCGUCCGACGGCCGUACUUGAAGGUCAUGUCUCCGUACCUCGCGGUCUCGACGUCACUUCCGAUGGCAGAUGGCUACUCAGUGGUGGCCGAGACUCUGUGGUCUUGAUCUGGGACCUUUUAUCCCAAAGUGACUCAGGUAAAAACACGAGCAAAAGCAAACGGACGCAGACGGAGCAGAAGCUCUCUCCUGUACUGGUGAAGACAAUUCCAGCGCUCGAACGGAUAGAAGGCCUCUUCAUCGUUAACCCUGAUCGGCAAGAGUUGGGUGCGAACGAGGGACUAAAAGGUUUGCAGUGCCUCACUGCAGGCGAAAAGGGCGUUAUCAAGGUAUGGGAUUGUGAGCAAGGGGCUGCUUUAUACAGUCUUGGCGACGAAGUUGAGUCUGCGGAUGGUCAAGAAGAACAGCGGCAGAUCGUUGAAGCAUUCUUCUUGCCGUCAACGUCUACGGUGGUCUCCCUCCAUGCCGACCAAAAUUUCCUCUUCUACUCUCUGGCUUCUCGCACCCUUACUUGCCAGCUCAUAGGUUUCAACGACGAGAUUGUGGACGCUGUCUUCCUAUCGCCGUCUUUCCAGGAUGACGAAACAUCAGGCAAAAUCAGCACUGAUUCCCAUAUAGCUCUGGCGACGAACUCUUCUCUCAUCCGUGUCUACUCGCGAAAUGGAUUGAAUGCUUGCUUGUUAGAGGGUCAUUCAGAGAUUGUGCUAUCUUUGGCCCGUAGCUCAUCGGGCAACCUCUUGGCUAGCGGGAGCAAGGACCGAACAGCUAGAGUAUGGCUCCCUCAUCCGAAUACUAGUACCCAAGAGUACUCUUGGAAGUGCGCAGCGGUCUGUGAAGGACAUGCUGAGAGCAUUGGCGCCAUUGCAGUGUCGAGAGGUCCAGAACAUGACGGACGGGCUCCUCCCUCUUUCAUGCUCACGGGCAGCCAGGACCGGACAAUCAAGUUGUGGGACCUCUCAAGUGUCGCUUCUGGGAGCGAAGAAGUAAGCCGGUGCAAGAGCUUAACGACACAAAAAGCGCACGACAAAGAUAUUAACUCUCUCGAUAUAUCACCUAACGAUAAGUUACUUGCGUCUGGCUCACAGGACAAGACGGCGAAGAUUUACGAAAUUGAUUUUGCCCCAGGCUCUUCCGGCAAGCCUUCACGGGGAGAAAUCAAGCUUCUGGGAACCUGUAAAGGACACAGGCGAGGAGUAUGGAGUGUCAAGUUCAGCCGUGCAGAGCGUGUCCUUGCUACUGGAAGUGGCGACAAAACUGUCAAGUUAUGGAGCUUGGAGGACUUUUCAUGUGUCAAAACAUUUGAGGGGCAUACAAACUCUGUAUUACGGGUUGACUUCAUGAACUAUGGGAUGCAACUCGUCAGUAGUGCAUCCGAUGGUCUUGUCAAGUUGUGGAGCGUCAGAGAGGAAGACUGCACUACUACGCUGGAUAAUCACGAAGAUAAGGUGUGGGCACUGGCUAUCAGCGCUGAUGAACGAACAAUCCUCUCCGCCGCUGCGGACUCAGUUGUUACUUUCUGGGAAGAUUGUACAGAAGAGCAAGACCAGGCAAAAGAAGCCAAACGCAUGGAGGAAAUAGAGAAGGAACAAGACUUUCAAAAUUAUCUGGCCCUUCAUGAUUAUCGUCGAGCUAUAGAACUGGCUCUGGCUAUGCAGCAACCGGGUCGACUUCUGUCCCUUUUCAAGAAAGUUCGGGCAGCUUCCGCCGCUGGAAAUGAGGAGACAGUAUUCACGCCGCCACCUUCCGUAACCGGGAACGCAAGCGUCGAUCAGGUCAUCCGUACCCUUUCUUCGCAAGACCUCGGCGUGCUCUUGAGGUUCGUGCGCGACUGGAACACCAACGCCAAAACCAGUGGAGUGGCCCAAACCGUCCUAUACGCCAUCAUGAAGCUACGCUCUGCGGAAGACAUCCUAGGGGCGUAUGAUAACAGCGCACAGCCAGUGAGCCCCGAAGCACCCUUCGAUGCGCCGAGUUACGCUACCAUGUCCAAGGAGGGGACGAGCCUCAAGGACUUGGUGGAGAGUAUGAUUCCGUACACGGAACGCCACCUGAAUCGCAUGGACAGGCUCAUUCAGGAGAGCUUUGUUGUGGACUACAUCCUAAGCGAGAUGGAUGACGGAUUGCUCGAUGCGCCCGACUUUGAUGAUACAAUGGAUUUGGUCUAGCAAGAGAAGUCAAGAACUGAUAUUUAGAACGGAUAGAGAUUGUAAAAGUAGAUUAUAGCAAGCGGACCUAUGAUGGCUCUGAAUAAUGACAUGACCUACUCAUCUCGGCCCAUCUUUGAGACGACCCAGCUGACAACCAAUAACCCCGUUGAACAAAAGGACAAAUUCAUUCGGCUGUAGAUCCUUGGCGCGGAUUUCUUCACUUUGAGCUUCGUGAAUGCGGCCCUGUUCGAGGAGCCACCGUCGAAGAACACCUGCGACGCAGCCUGUGGACAGCGAAGGGGUAACCCAACGACCUCGACGAUGUAACGCGACGUUGCAAACAGAAGUUUCGGAGACGAGUCCUUCAGUUGUAUGAAGAAGUACAUCGUAUGGAUGAUCUGAAGGAUAGCAAUCGCGUACGUCUUUGGGUGCAUUGACGGGCGGGAUACCUGCUCGCUCGCGUGCUUGGUUGUAUGGCGCUCGAUCAGCUGUUUUCAUGUCACCUGUACUGACAGAGGGCUGAGAGUCAAUGCAUAGGCUCAGGCUCGGGCCGUAGAGCGAAUGAGAGUCUGUCUUUGGAUUGAAGAAAGAGGGAGAUGUAGGGUCUCUCGAUCUUAGAGGGAUGACUGGGAGGGCGGUGGAUGUGAACCGGCCGGACUCGUCAAGUGAUAAGCGGAUCUUGAAGGCUUGUCCAUCUGACCAAUCGGCCAUUGGCGCUUGUUGAAGAGCGUUAUCGCAUUCUGCAUGAAGUCGCGCAACGUCGAUAGCUUGCAAGAUUGAAUCGUGCCACCCCAAACGACUUGCAGACGAGACGAGCCUGUCAGUUUGGUAGGAUAG